AUGUAUUUACAAGAAAACGGCAACGAUUAUAGAAACAAAUCAGAAGAAGUUAUUGAUAGAUAUGGAUUUUUUGUUUCACCAGAAGAAUUAAAUGCUGAAGAGUCAAUUGAUCGUAUUGUUCUUCGUCGUCGUGAACAAAAAUGGUUGGAGAUGUUUGCAUCAUGGGAUGUUUAUAUUGGAGAAAAAUUUGAAAAAUUAAAACAACGUUGUCGUAAAGGCAUUCCGCCAGCAUUACGUGGUCGAGCAUGGUUCUAUUUAUCAUCAGCUGAAUUUCGUCGAAAACGUGCCGAACAAGAAUAUAAUUUAGAAAAUGUAUUUGAGUAUUAUUCAACAAAACAACCAGCUGCUAAUGUUCUCAAUGAUAUUGAAAAAGAUUUGGCACGAUCAUUUCCCGAUCAUGAAAUGUUUCGUACUGAUGGAUUUGGUCAAAAAGGUUUAUAUGAUGUUUUAAAAGCGUACGCUGUUCAUGAUCCAGCUGUCGGAUAUUGUCAAGCUCAGGCACCUAUUGCUGGUAUUUUAUUGAUGCAUUUACCUGCUGAAGAUGCAUUUUGGGUAUUUGUACAAAUAAAUGAAGAAUAUGUCAGAGGAUAUUUCAGUGAUGGACUGAUUGCUAUCAAAGAAGAUGCAUUAGCAACAGAAAUUCUCGUUCAACGUAUAUGUCCAAAAGGUUAUCAAAUAUUGGUAUGCACUCUUUGA